AUGAAGAAAGAUUCGAUCAUUUAUUUAUUAAUUAUUGUUUUUGUAUAUAUAUCAAUUGUACAAACUACUUUAAAUAUACCUGUUGGUUUAAUGUUUAAUGGAAAUAAUCGAGAUAUAUAUACUCGAAUAAGUCCAUUAGCUCGUAAAUAUGUUUUUAAUAAAAUUGAACGACGUUUUCAAUAUGAUGUUAUUGAACGUAUGGAUAGAAUUGAUUUUGAUAGUUCUAAUAUUGAUACAUGGUCAUUAUUAUGUAAUCAAUUGUCAAAUGGUAUUAUGUCAAUAAUUGGUCAUGUUGAUAAUAAUGAUUUUGAUUGGUUGGCAAGUUUUUGUUCAACAUAUCAAGUUCCAUUUAUUGGUUUAGAUAAUCAUCAUUAUAAAAAAGCAAAUUAUUAUAUAUCAUUAAUGCCUGAUGUUUUACCAGCAUUAAUAUCAGUUAUUCGUCGUUAUCAAAUAAAGUAUCUUGUUUAUUUAUAUGAUGAUACAAAUGGUGCUCGACGUCUUAAACAAUUAAUAGAAACGACAACAAAAAAUACAAUACAAAGUUUAAAUAUUAUGGGUCGAUAUUUAGGAAAUCCAGAUGAUUCAUAUGAUUUAUUACAAAAUAUUGAAUUUAUGACUAAUUCACAAAUAAAUUCAUUAUCAUCAACAAAUACAAGUCAAAAAAUUCAAGGUCGUUAUAUUGUUUUAGAUUUUCAUUCAUUUGAUACAUAUAAAAUAAUAAUGGAUAAAAUAAAACAUCGUGGUAUGACAACAGCUGAUUAUCAUUAUAUAUUACUUACAUUAAAUGCUAAACAACUUGAUAUGAAUUAUUUUCGUUAUGGUGGUGUUAAUGUAACAUUUUUUGCUAUACCACCAUAUGAUCAUUUUAAUGAUAAUCAAACAUUAUUACUAUAUAAUAAUUAUAUUGAUUCAAUUAAAAAUGUUCAUAUAAAAAAUAUUCCAUCAAUUGAAUCAUUAUUAAUUGCUGAUGCAUGGGAAACAUUAUUACGUACAAUAAAUCGUAUGUUAAGUUCAUCAAAUGAAACACGUGAUAAAUUAAAAGUAUUUCGACAAGGAAAAUUUUAUAAUGGUUUAACACCGGGUAUUGAUUGUCGAAGUAAUUUUAUUGAACCAUGGUCACCAGGAAAAGUUUAUUUAGAAAAUUUAUUAAAUACAAAUUUUUAUGGUUUAACUGGUAAUGUACAAUUUUCAAAUAGAACAGGUCAAAGAACAAAUUAUACAUUUGAUGUUUAUCGUGUUACAAGAAAUAAUUUACCAAAAAAUAUUGGAUUUUUUCGAUCACCAACUACACUUGAGGUUGCUGAUGAUUCAUCAUAUCGUUUUCGUAUAUCUUAUGAUAAUCGAACACGUUUAGUUGUAACUAUAUUUGAUGAACCAUUUAUGAUGUUAAAAAAAAAUCGUAAUGAUACAUUAACAGAAAAAACUAUUCCACGUGGUACUAUACUUGAACCAUCAGCUGUUGAAGGUUUUUGUGCUGAUUUAGCUUAUGAUGUAUGUCAUAAAAAAUUAAAAUUACCAUAUAAAUUUCUUAUUGAAACAAAAUAUGGAAAUGAAAUUGAAAAAGGUAUUUGGGAUGGUAUGGUUGGUGCAUUAAUUAAUCGUGAUGCUGAUUUAUCAAUAGCAACAUUAACAAUAAAUGGUGCACGAGAAAAAGUUGUUGAUUUUUCAAAACCAUUUAUUGAUUUAGGUAUAUCAAUAAUGAUAAGUAAACCUGAUAAAGAAAAACCAGGUGUUUUUUCAUUUAUGGAACCAUUAUCAAGAGGAAUAUGGAUAUGUGUUAUUAUAUCUUAUUUAGUUGUUAGUGCUAUUUUAUUUCUUGUUAGUCGAACAUCAUCAUAUGAAUGGUAUUUUGAAAAUGAAACUGAUGUUAUUCCACGUAAUAAAUUUUCAAUGCAAAAUGCAUUAUUUUUUUCAUUUGCAGCUUUUAUGCAUCAAGGUGUUGAUCUUUUACCUAGAUCAUUUUCAGGUCGAGUGGUAACUAGUGCUUGGUGGUUUUUUAGUUUAAUACUUGUUUCAUCAUAUACAGCUAAUUUAGCAGCUUUUUUAACAGUUGAAAAUUUAGUACCACCAAUUGAUACUGUUGAAGAUCUUGCUAAACAAAUUGAUAUAAGAUAUGGAACAUUAAAAGGUGGUUCAACAAUGGCUUUUUUUAAUAAAUCAACAUUAACAACAUUUAAACGUAUGUGGAAUUUUAUGCAACAAAAUAAAGAUGAUGUUUUUGUUACAUCAAAUCGUGAAGGUAUUCAAAAAGUUCGUGAUUCAAAAGGUAAAUUUGCAUUUUUACUUGAAUCAACAUUAAAUGAAUAUGUUAAUGAACGUUCACCAUGUGAUACAAUGCGUAUUGGUGAAAAUAUUGAUGCUAAAGGUUAUGGAAUAGCAACACCACUUGGUUCUGAUUUACGUGAAGCUAUUAAUAUAGCUGUAUUAGAAUUAACAGAAAGUGGAGUUCUUGAACGUUUAAAACAAAAAUGGUAUUAUGAAACAAGUGAAUGUACAAAUGCUGGUACAAAAGAAUCAAAACAAAGUACACCACUUAAUUUAGCUAAUGUUGCUGGAAUGUUUUAUGUAUUAAUUAUUGGUCUUGGUACAGCAAUGGUUAUUGCAUUUUUAGAAUUUUUACUUAAAGCUAAAAUUGAUUCAACACGUUUAAAUCAAAGUGUAAGAGAAGUUAUGCGUCGAAAUUUAAGAAUAUCAAUAACAGGUAUUGAUUUUGAUGAAAAACAACAAAAUGUUGAUUAUUGGCCAUUACAACAACCACAACACGAACAACAACAACAGUCACGAUUAAAUGAACAUAAUGAACGAAUACCACCAAUAACAAGUGUAUUUGAUUUAUCAAGAACUGGAGAAUCUUUAGAUUUUAAUGAACAAAAAGAUAGUAUUUGUCAUUUUCCUAACCGCGAUCAUAUUUCUCAUGUAUAA